UCCUGUGUAAUAGAAUAUUGCACCACAGUUUGCAAAACUAUCUGUCAAAGUUAGCGUCUCCAGGGUCAAAAAGGUUUCUUUUUCGGCCUUUGAAUUAUAGUAAAGCAAGCCAUCGAUAAAGCGAUUUAGCUUGGCGUCUGAAGAACGCUGAAGAAUAUUGUAAUAUUAAUAAGCCGUCACUGCACUAUUCCUUGGUUUAUAUACUCAAAAUGGCAGCUACUAUGAGGGCUCCAAGCCCAUUUAAAAGGAUGAUGAGUUAUGAAGAGCCGAGAGACAGAAGUAAUACCAAAUCUCCGGUAAACGGAGUGUGCAAUGGUGGAAUCCAUUCACCGGUCCCGGCGAAGACAGACGAAGAUGAAGAAAAAGCUAAAGAAACCACCACUGUAGAGCCGGUUGAAGUUAAAAUAUGGGGAACAGCUCGGCAAAAAUUAACUAUAGUUUGCUUGGCUGUAGUUUAUUUCGCUACCUGUGCGGCGUUUUCUGUACUCUCGCCAUUUUUUCCUAAAGAGGCAGCAAAUAAAGGAGCUAGUGGAACUGUUAUUGGUUUAAUUUUUGGUGUCUAUUCUCUGGUAUCUUUCUUGGUUUCUCCAUUGAUUGGUGUUAUAAUUCCUAAGGUUGGUGCUCGUUUUACUAUCACUUGUGGGUUGUUACUAAUGGGAGGUUCUGAAUCACUGUUUGGGUUUGUGGACAGUAUGCAGCCAGGCACCAUUUAUAUCACAUUCUGCUUCAUCUUGAGAAUUGUGUCGGCAAUUGGAGGAUCAAUGGCUGAUGUCGCAAUUUUUGCAAUUGUUGCAGGAGCAUUCCCCAAAAAUCUGGGUGCUGUCAUGGGUGCAAUGGAAACAUUCUCUGGUCUUGGUUUCAUGGCUGGACCACCUCUUGGUGGAGCUUUAUAUACUUAUGGCGGAUUCAAGGUGCCAUUCUUAACACUAGGAGGACUGGUUCUACUCACUUUACCACUAGUAUUGUGUGUCUUGCCUAUGCCAGAUGAAUCAUCAUCUGAACAAAGAGAAUCAGGGUCUUUGUUGGCUGUCUUGAAAAUACCUGGUAUCUUGGUAUUGGCAUCGUGUAUUCUUCUGAGUGGUGUCGUACUGGGCUUCCUUGAUCCUACCUUAUCACCACACAUGGCCGAGUUUGGACUGAAUGCGUCUAAGAUCGGCCUGAUGUUCCUGCUGAUUGGAGCCGUGUAUGCUAUCUCUGCCCCGUUUGUUGGCUGGAUAGGAGACAAGACGGGUAGAACACGUAUUCUGAUAGUAAUCGGAGUUCUUCUUGGAGUUCUUGGAUACCUGGGCCUUGGACCUACUCCUCUUAUAUCUUUUCUUCCACAAAAGAAAGUAUGGAUGGCUGCAAUAGCAUUAAUGAUUCUUGGAUUAUCCUACAGUUUCUACUUGGUUCCUGUGAUGCCUGACAUGAUGGCCACAGCUUUGGAACAUGGACUACCGGAUGAUAUCAGAACACAUGGAGUAUUAUCAGGAAUAUUUGGAUCAUUGAUUAGUAUAGGUGCUUUCCUUGGUCCGACUAUUGGUGGUACGAUGAACCAUUAUUUAGGAUUCAACUGGUCAGCUACUAUAUUAGCUGGGAUAUUAGCUGUUCAGGGCGUAGUUUUAGCUGUAUUUAGCACGUGCGAGGCACUUAUGAAAACCUCCAGCAGUACCAAAAGUACAGAAGGGAAUAUUACAGAGGAUAAAGUUGUUAAUGAAAGAACUUCACUUUUACAUCAAGAGGCGUAAGAAAUCUACCAUGGCCUUCUAUGCUAUACAACGGGUUGGAUCCAAGGACUUUAAAGGAAUCUGCAUAGACUCCGGAAAAUAUUUCCGUGAAUUUUAAAGUUGUAUAUACUUCUUUCAAUAAAGUUAGUCACCUGAAAACUACACAGCUGAGACCGACAAGGAUUAUGGGUAGAUUCAUUUUACUCGUUCAAUCGCUUGAUAACUGUUUAUGGACUUGUACAUCUUUUACCAGUUACAGUCUCACCUCUUCUGAGCAUCCUCAAGCUGCAGUUUGUAUCAAAAAAGCUUUACUUGUUUGGUAUGAAAAGUUUCUCAUGAUCCUCAGUGAAGUCAGCUUUCUAGGUUUUUGGUGACUGACUUUAUUGAAAUAAGUAUCUGAUGCGGUUAAAGAUGCCAACCUGAGAGAAAAUCCCAAACUAUAUAGAUGGAUAACAGGAUAAAUAUGGAUGAAUAUAUUUUAUCAGGAAUUCCUUAUGAAUUUGUCCCGACCUCCAUCCAUCGACAUUUAUAUUAUGCAAUAUUACUAAAGUGAUUCUUGAAAAUUUACUAAUUUCGAAUUCCUUUCCCUAGACUUCUGCUUAGACGUGCGCACGGGGUUCUGGGGACGACUCUGAAAAUGAUUUAGAAAAUAGAACCGGCUGAGCGGUAAACGCGGCGCGCAAAGCAUGAUUGGACAAAUGACCGGCCCUAAGCUUAAAAGAACGAAGCAAACAUAGCGGUAAAGUGAAAUUGUUUUUAUUCUUGCUUAUCAUAUUUCUGCUUUUUGUAGGCAUGUAUAUUAUAUUUUAUUCAAAAGAAAACAGAAAAAUACGCAAAAGUUAGGUUACAGUAGCCUGGGAAUAAGGGCCGGCGGCAAAACAGGUAAACGCGCAGUGACUGGCUUAAACAAAAUUCACCGCUCAGCUGUGACAAUGAAAUAUAUAUCACCAAGAGAGCAUAAUAAGAGAGGGAAACUCUUAAUAACGCGCGUGCCAUGUAAAUUCCCGGUUGGGCUAUUUUUAGUAACCGGAUGCAGUUUAAAUUUCGCCUUACCCUACUCCCGUGCGUCAUCAACUUGCGCGCAUGCGCUCUUUCCGUUUCGUUUUUAGGAAUCUGAUCAGAACAAUAAUAAACGCAAAGAGCGCGCGCUCGCAAGUUGAUGGGGAGUAGGGUAAGAUGAAAUUUAAACUGCAUCCGGUUACUAAAAAUAGCCAAACUAGGAAUUUACAUGGCGCGCGCAUUAGUAAGAAGUUUCCCUCUCUUAUUCAUGCUCGCUUGAUAUCACGUAACUGAAAGAACGUCGUUUCACUCACUAACAUAUUUAAAGAAAAUAAACCUUGAUAUCUCCAAGAUCCAUCA